CUGGCGACUGUUGGAUUCACCACAGCGACCCUUAUGUAUUUGGCAGCUAUCAACCGGAUACCUUUGGGUCUCAACAGAAGUCCUGGCCUGGCCUGGGUACCGUUCGAGCCGUGGUGGAGGGGACGACGAUAGACUUUGACUUCAAGUUAUCUCUUUACGCCUGGUUUGGAACAAAAGGGAGGGCGUUCGGUGGUCUCAGGCAUCAACCAAUGUUUUACGCAGACAGAAACCCACAAACUCAUGCACUCGAUUGAAGGAGGAAGGCCCACCAGAUCAACAACAUGGCCGUAUAGGGCUGAGAGUAAAGACAAGUCUAAGGAACAGCUCAGGUAUGAGUCGUUUCUCAAGUGCCAGGCUACUACAGACUCACCUACUCAGCCGAAUCGCCAAGUCAAGGAAUCAGGCUCGGCCCGUUUAAUAAGGCGCAGUCACAGUAUCCUCUUCCCCUCCCUCUCCAACUGUGCCCCAGAGUUCGAGUGCAACACCUGCGGCCGCGACUUUGGCAGCCACCAAGCCUUGAAUCUACAUAUGGAUGCGCUUGACCACGGGGUUGACCACGAAUGUGACGAUUGUUCCGAUAUAUUUUCCGACGAGGAAGAUCUGCGCGACCACGAGCUUAGCGAGCAUUACUACUGCGACCCUUGCGAUAAGUAUUUCGGUGGCUGGAACGCCAUCAACAAUCAUCGCAACAGCAAUCGACAUGCCAGUGACAAGGUGGCGUGCCUCUUUUGCGGCAAGGACUACGCUGCUGCUUCUGGCGCGACCCAUUAUGUGGAGCGUGGCUGCUGUCCGAAAGCGCCUGUUGAUCGAAUGGAGUUUUACGAAGCAGUUCGAAAACGCGACCCGACCGGGAUUCUUACCAAAACGUUGUUGACGAGGCCGACCGGUGCGAACCACGUGGGAUUCUAUCAAUCUACUAAGAAAUGCUGGAAUUCGGAAGCUAGCGUGUUUGAGUGCUACUUCUGCCACCGUCGCUUUAAAGCAUAGAGAUCCCUUGAUCGGCAUCUUAAUUCCCUAGUGCACCAGCAAAGUCUUUAUCAUUGUCUGAAUCCCAAGUGCCGCAAGGACUUUGGGACACUCGCAGCAGUUAUGAGUCACCUCGGGAGCGAAAGCUGUGGUUUUAUUCGCUUCCGGGCCGUCCAAUAGAUGUUC